AUGUCCGACCAUGAGGCCGAUGACCUCGAUCUUGAACGCUGGGAGGUGGUGAGUUUGGAAGGCGGGUCGAUCUUUUCUUAUGCAGCGUCCGAAGUCCUCUAUCAAGGGACAGCUCCGCGCGCAGCCGAUUUCUACCCACCGGCCGGUGGCCGCGGUGUUCCAGGUCCACGAGGAGGCUUCCCUGGUCGGCGUCAGAAUGGCGUGUUACCAGCACCAAAUCGCGGCCCCCAGCAACCGGCGCGAUUUGGUCAACCCAGAAACGCCCCAGUCCGACCAAGGCAACCAGUCCCACAGCGCUUUGCAAACAUAACCGCGGCAGAACUUCGAGCGGAGAACGGCCUACCACCCGACGGCGUGUACCAGCUCCUCUCUCCAGCCUGGAAAGUUCUAGUGACGAUGGCAUUGAGAAUCGACAGGGCGGCUCAACCCCAGCCGAAGCAGGUGUUGAGACUGACCAUGCGUGAGACCGAGACGUUCAUCAGAGAACCUGACAGUCACGACCAGGUCAUUUUCAUCUGGGGCAAGGAUGAUCGAGUAACAGAGGCUAAAGACCAAUUGACCAAAUGGGAACAAGAUGUGCGUGACUCAGCUACAGCGGCAAGAACUGCGGCCUGGCACAAAGAAAAGGCACUUGACGGCCGAGCCGAGCACCGUGAGGAGCGACAAAACAGAGAGAAGUAUCUCAAGAAUCUUAGGCAGGAAACGGAAAUCAAGUACCCCGUCGAAGUCGUCUUGCUCUGGCCGAAGGAACUGGACAUUGGGGAGUUUGAGAGCACUAACGCUGAAGCUAUCGAUCAUUUCAGAAGCUACUUCAGUUGCCGAAUCAGCUUCCCAAGUUCUAACGUUGAACACACCACUAUCAAGCACAUCACAAUCGCGGCAGAAUCCCAGGUCGACGCUGCUUCCCUCAAGGAGAGAAUGAUCAAUUUGAUCAAGGAGACCAUUUCCCGUAGAGACCAACUGUCCACGGUCAACAUGGUCCAUAUUCCAGACUUUGACAUCUACCGAGACAGAGUGGGCCUCUUGGAUCUCGAUCCCAGAAGUAAAAGCUACCUGCCUACUCUGCACGGCAAACCUGCAGCGGACAAAGAACAGUUGAGCAAGGAUCGCCGGCAGGUCCAGCUCAGCAAUUACAAAAAGAUCAAGAAAACCAUCGACGCAGCCAUCAAGAAGCUCCGGGUGUCUCAGCAGCAUUGCCGAAUGAGGUUCGUCUUUGGCGAAUUGGGAUUCGUGCUCUUCCAGAAACCCGCUGCCGGCGCCGAGACCUACAGCUUCGAGGAUUUCUACACCAUGGUGACCAAGGAGCGCAUCAAGUUAACGCUGAACGGCCUUCCCAUCCGCCAAGGCGAGGUAGCUGAGCUGCCAGACGUUCUCGAGGAAAUGGAAGCCUUCUCCGACCCUACUGAAUAUUAUGCCGCAUUCUUUGACUUCCCUGGUACGACCAGCAAUUCGACCCUUCGACUCGAAACCGUCUUCACCCCAAUGGACGCGAAUGAAACCGAGAACCGCGAGAAGCGCUGGGUGGAAAUCAGCGAGAUGGUCUCGAAACUACAAGUCAGCCAUCUGAACUUUGACCGACUAGAUUACCAAGUCACGAUUGACGCCUUCCCACUUGGGAUCGACAAGCUCCGAAAGGCUCAGAUCCAAGCGUUCCAGGCAAAUAUAACCACGGAACGACCUCCAAACGGCAUCAAGUCUCUGCCACGUCGCCGUGUCAAGCACCCCCAGGAGCGAGGCUUACAGUUUGUCUCGGAGCUCACCUUCCUAAAAUACCGUUUCAAGAACACCGACGGGGUCUUUGAGUUGCGCCGUAAAGACACCUACGACUUACGCCCUGGUACGGAGAAUAAUAGUCCUCUCGAGACACGUUGGCACGCCCUUUACUACUAUCCUGAAUGGGACAAUCUGAUGGGCGAGUUCGCCAACAUCAGACCCGGCGAGGACGUCAAGUGGGCCAAGUCAGUCGCAACCUUCUUCCCCGAAAGCGGUGAUCAGUGGACAGCCCUGCCUAUGGGGUUCAAGAACUUCAUGAACGAGGUCGAGGAGAUCCAGGACCUGUUGGCCGAGGCGAUUAAUCGUCUUACCAAUAGGAAGGGAACGGGAAAGGCGACUGAGCAUGGGCAUACAAAUGGCGCGUGA